ACCGUGCCCGUGAUGCCCGAACUGAAAUAAAUAUCGGUGAAUAUACGUGCGAGUUAAUUGUGUAUAUGUAAACUAUUAAUAGGACGGUUUUUGUUUGUUUUUCGCUUUGAUGUUUCUCGCGCCGGCAGCGGUCGUAUCCACACUAAAAAUAAUGUAACCGAUGUACGAAUGAACUAUAUUUUGAGAAGCAGGUAGUCGCGAGCUAAUAUUUUCGGCUUUAGUACGGUGCGCUGAAAUAUAACGUAACAUUCCUUCAACAUUCACUUUCGUCGGCUUACGCUGUCGUCUAGCAAGUUUAAAUAAGCAAAUCUAAUAAGUUUACAAUAUGAAGAAUAAAUUUAGGAAUACAGACUCUAACAUUAAGGCGGGUGAUCUACUAUUAACGGAACAGCCGUUCGCGUUCGUUUUGAUGUCUAAAGAAAAGGGUAUUCGCUGUGAUAACUGCUUGGAAAAGGGCAAGGUGCUCAAAUGCUCGGGAUGCCAGUUCGUGCACUACUGCGGCCGAGCGUGCCAGAGGGAUGCGUGGAACGACCACAAGUGGGAAUGUGCGAAUCUCAAGAGAGUGGCGCCUAAAGUGGUCCCCGAUGCGGCUCGGAUGCUGGCGAAGAUCAUCAACCGGCUCUCCAGGGGCGACGGCCAUUCUUAUAGAUCUUUCUAUUCCGCCACUGGCUUCAGGAUGUGGAAGGAUCUCAUGUCCCAUUAUUCCGACCUGAAAGCCGAUAAGAAACGGAUGGAUCACUUUUCGUCACUAUGCGUUGUGCUUUUCGAAUUUCUGAAGGACAUCUCCCUUCCUAACACCGUCGAACUGAUGGGCAUAUACGGAAGAAUGGUAAUAAACAGCUUCACGAUCCUGGACACUGACAUGAACUCGAUAGGCACGGGCGUGUAUCUGGCGUCGUCUAUAGUGGACCACAGUUGCAACCCUAACGCGGUGGCCACUUUCGAGGGCAAAACGAUUAACCUGCGAGCGCUCACCGACUUACCGUGCUUGGACUGGGACCAGAUCCGCAUUUCCUACAUCGACCUAAUGUAUACACCGUACGAGCGACAAACGGACCUACUGGAGAACUAUUACUUCCUUUGCCAGUGUGAGAGGUGCUUGGACGAAACCCAAGUGCGGACGGUGCACGCGGCCAAAUGCCUCAACGUCGAGUGCAAGAACACCGUGAACAUUCCAUGGAAGGACUGCCCUUUAGUGAGGAAGGCUGACAGUAAACACGUGAACGGGGACAGUGUGAACGGGGACAGUAACGGGGAUACUGUGAACGGGGACAGUAACGGGGAUACUGUGAACGGCGAAAAUAGGGUGGAAGAGUUGCCCGAUGUUAUAAGGUGUGACGAAUGUGGGACCAAAUACACGGAUAAGCACGUUGAGGAGUUCCAACGGGCUAUGGACAUAACUGAAGAGCAUCUGAAGGUCAUGAAGGACGCUGCAGUGGCUUACGUGGACAUAUGCCAGUACUGCCUGUCGCGGCAGGGCGCGCUGCACCCGCUGAACGUGCUGCGCGCGCAGACGCUCGACCACGCGUUCGACGCGCUCGUGCUCGUGCGCCUGUGGGAGCGCGCGCAGGACAUCGCCGAGCUGCUGCUGCCCUGCUUCCGAUUCUACUACGGCGAGCGUCACCCCCUCCUAGGCAUCCUCCACCUCAAGUACGGUAAGAUCCUUCUAUACAAGAUGUGGAUACCAAAAGCGUUGGAACACUUCAAGAGCGCUGAGAAAAUACUAAAGAUAACCCACGGCGAUAAGCAUCCGCUGUAUAGAGAACAGCUGAUGCCUAUUAUGAGACAGGCCAUGGUGGAAUCGACCUACGGAAAUUAAAAAUGUACCUAUUUGGUGUUUCAUUAGUUUCAGUAUUUUUUUAUACGAUCACAAACCACUGGACGUAGGUAUUAGUGCUAUAAAACGAUUUUGAAAGAUUGUUUAUUUGAAGCAUGGUUUUUGUAUGAUUAUAGAGGGGGAGUCAAAAAUCGAUGACCUAAUUUAUGGACAGCCCCUAAGUAGGUAAUUCGCCAGUAACUCCCUAAACCAAAAAUGAAAUCUAUUCACCUAUAAACAGAAUUCAUUUUUAUAACUAGCCAGCUUUCAAUAACUGGCCACCUUAUACUAAAAUAAAUGAAUUCUAUUUAUAGGUGAAUAGAAUUCAUUUUUGGUUUGGGGUGGCCAGUUACUGGCGAAUUACCCAACCUGCUUUUGCAAUGUUUAGGCCUAAAUGGGUUCAAACUUUAUGUAAACAACGCAAUUUUUUGUUAUAAUGUAAUAUUGAGGCGAAUCAAAAGGUAUUCUGAGCAAUUGACAAUAAAAUUACACAAAAGUACACAUGUAGUAGUUCAAUUAGAUUCUUAUCGAAUUCUUACAAAAAAACGAAUUACAUUGCUUUUACCUACAUCAACCUGUACAUAAUGUUAUCACCAAAUGAUUUAAAGAUAAGAUGCAUCAAGUGCAAUGGUGUUGUGAUGAUGAUGAUGAUGAUCAUAAUAUCAAGAGACGAAAAAAAAUUGUGACUUCCCACGGGUAAAGGUACCUUAUGACGGUUGGCGCUUACGCUAUUAUUAACGUCGCUCCAAUAUUAUUGCGGCGCUAUGCGACGUAAGCGCCAGCCGCCAUAAGGUACCUUUUGCCAUGGAACGUCACAAUUAUUAGGUUUAGGUGUAACAAUUUUGUGAUACCAUUCCUAUGGAAUUAUAUUUCUGUGAGUUGCAAUUGCAAAUCGAGACUGUCUGAAAUUUGUACACUUACCCUAUAUUUAUUGUGUAUAGUUAGUUGGUCAAACCAAUUUGUCAGUCAGUAAGAACCAGGAAAACUAUAUCCACCCUUCCUUUUGGUUGCUAGUACUAUAGUAAGACAAAGAUAGUAUGAUUCUCUGUCUAUGAUUGAAAUGAGACAGUCCUUUGACAAACUAUUUAUAGUUACAAACUGUUAUAACAGCCAGUGGGGGAGCACCAUAUUUUAUAGGUCCCAGAUGGGCGUUUUAAAAAAAAAAGUGUACAUUUCAUUCAUGUCUUCAAAAUAUUGACUUCUUGGGCUCAUUUUACUCAGAAUCAUUUGUACAUUCACGCCUCAUACAUGAAAAAAUGUGUCCAAAGAUUUCCUUUCCAGAUCGUCACAUUCUCGUAUGAUUUUUUUUUAUAUUUAAACGUGACGCACUGGAAAAACAUUUUUUCAUACAACAUUUUGGGACACAUUUUUUCAUGUAUGAGGCGUGAAUGCACAAAUGAUUCCGCCAUGAAAUAUAUCGGACCGGCCAAGGUGUUCACAACAUCUAAACACGUACUAACGAUUUCCCCCCUUGGGGCUUGUGCACAAAUCACGCGAGGUUCCAUAGGGGUUCAAAUCACGAUAGAUCACGUUGGGGGAGGGGGGUAUAAGGAAACCUCACGUAUUUUUCUACAGUGAACAAACUAUGAAAAAAACACCUACCACAUGACUAGAUACUUUUUCUCGGUUUCGUUAAACAUAAAUCUUCACACUGCACAGUCUGUACUUAAAAAUAGCGAGUCUAUGUAACGAAAAUAGAAAAAUAAACAAGAUUUUCUAUAUCCAAUACAAUUAUUCUUAAAAAUAGGUCGAUUGAAAAAAUAUCAAAGAAAUACACGUGAGGUUGUGUGGGAGGAGGGGGGUAGCCAAAAACCUCACCAAAUAUCACCAGGGGGAGGGGGGGUCAAAAAGUAGCCGAAAAUACCUCGCGUGAUUUGUGAAAAACCCCUUAUUCAUAAAACUUUACGGGCCUGAUUUAAUAAAAUUACGUUUUAUCCCUUUCUUACAAAUACAUAAGUUAAAAUGACAGAUAAAGACAAACGAUUAUUAGCUAAUUUAGGAUUAUAACGCGUUUAUGUAUAAGGGGGUUUGACAAUAGUGGCGUGUUCGGACAUUUGGGAGCGUCAUAGCCGCUCUAACCAAGGGUAACUGCGUCAGUUUACCGUCCAGUGUCAGUUUCCGUCCACUUGACAAAUAAUACAUUUCUUUUUAAAUUUGCUAUUUGCGAAAUAUAUUUUUUAUGUAGAUAGAUAAAUGGUUUAGAUAUUAAGGAGCGCAAUAAGUCCAAAUUUGUGCAGCAAUGAUGAAUGAAGGUUUAUAUUCAAAUUUUGUCAAGUGGACUAAAACUAGAGCCGGAGGAAAACUAGCGCAAUGACCCUAUCUGAUGGCGACUGUACAAUGGAGAUUGACAGUGUUUGUUACUUAGUUAUCACAAGAAAUAAUAAUGUCAUAUGAAUGGAAGGAAAAUAAAAAUGUGUAAGUUUACAUUAUUGGUUCAUAAACGCCAUUACAAAAAGUUGUGAAAUAAAAUAAGUCAAUCUAAUAUUCUAAACCUUCACGGGACCUUCAUAGAAUAGUGUUUGUUGUUGUUCUACACUUUACACGAUGGGCAUUUCUAUUUAUUAACUUCUUGUACCAAAUUUUUAUGUGUUACAAUUGGCAAUUUUUAUAUUACAUAUUUCUUCUCGGAAUUUUCCAUUUGUACUGAGAAAAAACGAGUCUCCAAAAUUUUUGGUUACGGUUUUCAAUACAACCUUCUAUGACCGUAACAAAACGGACAACAAAAAUUUGUAUGAAAUUUUUGGGAUACUUUUUUUCUUGGAUCGAAAGAGCUCGUGAUUCUGAGUGGAAAUAAUCUAAAUAUUCCAAAUUUUAAAAUGCAAGUUAGAGGUACUUUAAAUAGAAAUGUCCCAAUACAUAAGCAAUUUUGAAACUUGAUCAAUUAAAGUAUAUAUAAGGCUAUUGUUUAUAAGGUCAUGAGGCUGUGUGCAAGGAUAAUUAAAUUAAUGAAAUAA